AUGGACUCACUCUCACACAGUCGAAGGUACAGCAAGGAAGAAGUCCAUGAGUUGAAGCUGGAGAACAGCCGGCUGACGGCUCUGCUCUGUAAAGUGAAGGCUCUGAGUCGAUGGAGGCAGGUGGUCGACCAGGAGAAACUUCACAGACGGCUGCUCCAGACUCAGCAGAGGGAGAUUACCAGUCGCACCGAGGCCCUCAGGGUGAAGAUGGUGGCAGAGGAGGAGGUGGUUUUCCUGCAGGAGGAGCUGGACGCCGCCCGGCAGCUGCUGACCUGCUGCCAGGCCGAGUGCAGCCGCACCAAGAAGCUGCUCGGCAGGAAGACCGAGGAGCUCCAGGCGGCCAGGCAUCAGUCGGCACAGGAGUCGCGCAGCAGGCAGGAGGUGGACAGUUACCGAGUGCAGAGCCUGGAACAAAUGAGAGCCGACGUGGAGGAGAGAGACCGACAGCUCCGAGCGCUCGGCGAGCAGCUGGACAGAGGCGGCAGGAUGAACCAGCUACAGAGACGACACAGCGCCAAACAGAUCCGACAGGUGAAGGGCCAGCUACAUCAGGAGCGCUGCCUCAAACAAGAAGCCUUUGAGCAAGUGGCCAAACUAAAAAACCAUGUGAACGACAUGGAAGCAGCUUUCUCCAGGUGCACAACAGGUACGUAUUCACAAUUUGACGGAGUCUCUCGAGCCUCUCUGGACACCUCAGACCAACAGUCCUCUCUGUCCUCCGAGACUUUCUCCAUUUGCUUUAAUCAAUUUGACCCGACAUUUCACUCCUUACUCUCUCUGUAUCUCUUCUUCCUCAGGCCGAAGCAGGACUUGUUACACGCUGUCAGUCGGCAGAUUGAGCACUAGAAGUCCCUCAGCAGGUACCGUACCCACCACAGUGUCUUAAUCUUACCUUCAUCUCUGAGUAGUGAAAUCAUAUCUUGUGAGUUACACUUUGAUUUGCAGCUGUUCAUGCGCUUCAGGAGUAAAAUUAAAAAGGCACCAGAUUGUCCUGAGACUCGUAACUUUUCCUGAUGACAUUUCAAAUUCUAUUACAGAUUGCAUUUUCGCCCCCGCAGUGUGGAGCAUUAAAGCCCGGUCUCUGUUCUAUUUCUGUCUCAGGUCUACACGGGGACAGUCAGCAGCGGUCCACCCUGCAGCUUGGCAGCCUCACACGCCACACCGCACUUCAGGACUUUGCUACAGAGCCAAGACACCGGAGAGCAGAAACAGCCAGGGGCCGUUCAAACACAAGAAUAGACAGACCCAAAGCAGAGACGAGACGCCUGCGGAUCCCGACUGCACAGAUGCUGUUACCCGAGCUGUGAGAGGCAGUGAAUUACCUCUGGGUAUUUCAUAAAGCCAUAACAAGCAUUUUUAUAG